UCCUUUAUCACCUCUAAACUAUAUGUACAAACAUUUAACAGUAUCCAUGAAUUCGUUACAAAUAGAAAAAUAAUUUCCAUUAUCCUUUUCUCGUGCGGAUCAAUAACCACACGUCACGAACGCCUCUCAUCACGAACAAGUCAGUUCACGAACUAAUUUUCCGAACAAGAAACGUCUCGGGUGACGAACGGUGUCUCGAGAUACGAACACGCAAGCCAGCAACAAGGAGACUAGAGGAGUGGCAAUGGUACCUGCGAGACUGAGGAUGCGGACUAGUUAUUCAAAUCGCAUCUAGAUGGCAGCACCAUGUCUGAAAAGGUGAGGAGGUUAAGCUUGUUCGAUAAGUUCAACCUCCUUCUUUAUCAUAUUCUGUACAUUGAAUCGUAUAUCUAAGUCAACCUUUAAACACAGCACUACGUUUUCUAUUGUCUUGAAAGGAUCCAAUUCCUUACUGAGUUUAUUAACACCAUCAAGUAGUGUGAUCUCAUUACAAGAUCUAUGUACAUUUGUCUCUGUGUUACUGUUUAGGGUUAAGCAUGUAUGCUUUUCAAGAUUCAGCAGUGUCAGCAGGUAGCCUGUACAUACAUACACGUACCAUACCAAGUUAAGAAUGGAGAAGCACUAGCUUCUCUGACUCCACCCACAACCCUCCACAGCGACGAGAAUGGGAUAUGAGCCUAUUUAUGUGUGAUGAUGCAGCAACCAGGCUUGUGGAAUGGAAGAAGGAGAGUUUUAUGUGUGAUGCAGUUCCUGGUGACACCCAAGAUUCAUGGCGUUAUCAAAGGGCAGCACUGGACCACUGGCCACAAAAGACUGGUGAGCACCAGCCCUUAUCCUUCCAGUCACUGUUCUCACCCAUCAAAGUCUCCUGAGACUCCCUUACUGAAGCAGCUGAAGGCUCGCAUCAAAUUUUCAGGUCCAUUAACUGUGCAUGAGUACAUGAAGGAGGUCCUGGUGAACCCCAUCUCUGGGUAUUACUCCAGUGGCAAGGACAUGCUUGGGACUCAGGGAGACUUCACUACCUCACCAGAGAUUAGCCAGAUGUUUGGAGAGCUGGUGGGUGUGUGGGUAGUGAGUGAAUGGUACAAGCUUGGCUCCCCUCAACCACUGCAGCUGGUGGAGUUGGGCCCUGGGCGUGGGACUUUCUUGCAGGACAUACUUCGGGUUUUGAGUCAGUUUGGGUUAUCAGGGAACGAUUUAAGUGUGCAUCUUGUUGAGGUUUCCAAAGAGCUAAGUGUCGAACAAGAAAAGAAACUGUGUAAUGGCGUGCUCUCAGACCAAGAUGUAUGUGAGAAGGAAGAACUGUACUAUAAAACGAACAUAUCAAGCAGUGGCUCACCCAUCUUCUGGUAUCAUCACCUCAGCUUGGUGCCCAGAGCCUUCACUAUCUUCCUGGCUCAUGAGUUCUUUGAUGUUCUUCCAAUACACAAGAUUCAGAAGACUAAAGAAGGCUGGAGGGAGGUUCUCGUUGAUCUCGAUGAAGGGGAUGGACCUCACCACCUCAGAUAUGUCUUGUCCAAGUCUGCCACUCCAGCCACUAAAAUUUUUACCACGGUUGAAGAAUCUAGAGAGAGCAUUGAGGUGAGCCCAGAGGCAGCAGUGUUGUGUCAAGAGCUGGCCACAAGAAUAGAGGAGGAUGGAGGCAUUGCUCUCAUCAUGGACUAUGGGCAUGAUGGCAAAGACAUGGACACUUUCAGGGCCUUCAAAAACCACAGCCAGCACCACCCUCUGAGUGAGCCAGGCACAGCAGACCUGACAGCCGAUGUAGACUUCAACUUCCUGAAGGAUCAAGUGAAGGAGAAGUUGCUCACCUUUGGUCCAGUCACCCAGGCGUCCUUCUUGACUAAUAUGGGAAUUGAGACAAGACUCCACAACUUGAUGAAGCAGUGUAAACCUGAGGAAAGGAAAAGCCUCAUGUCGGGCUUCAGAAUGCUGACAGAACCACAACAGAUGGGACACAGAUUUAAGUUUUUAGCCUUUUAUCCAGCCGUUGUGAAAGACUUCAUCAUGAAAUUCCCUCCAUCUGGAUUUUAUAGGAACCUUGACUAGUGCUUUUAAUAGUGUAAAUUCAAAAGGGUCUUCUUUCAUUCUGCAAAAAUCAUUCGUGGUGUGAUUGCGCAAUGGAUGAUGUAAGGCGUGUCAUGGCUAUGUCUGAGGAUUAGAUUAGAAUGGAAAGCAUUAUUGAAGCCCUACCAGAAAUACACACUAGAGACUGACAUGUCUGAAUCCCCUAAACUUCAUAGGUUCUGCUGCUCAGACAUGAGUUCAAAUGAUCAUACGGGGUCAAUGGGCUGGUACAAGAUGGAAAUGAACCAAAUUUUGAUUGGACAACUAAGCAAUAUGUGGUGAUGUACUGGUGGCAAUGAUGUGUGUGUUAGAAUAAUUUAAGAGUGAAAUAAAUUCUCAUAAUG